AUGUCCACCCCAAACUCUCCUAACCACUGGUCGGGCGUCCUCAACUCGGCCCUCGACGCAGUUGGUAACACCCCUCUCAUCCGCCUCGACCGCAUUGCCAAGGCCGAAGGGCUCAAGUGCAACCUUCUCGGGAAGGCCGAGUACUUCUCUGUCGGCGGCAGCGUCAAGGACCGCAUCGCAAAACGGAUGGUCGAGCACGCUGAAAAGACGGGCGUACUGAUCCCGGGCCAGAGCAUCGUGAUUGAGCCCACGAGUGGCAACACCGGUAUCGGCCUUGCUCUCGCGUGCGCGAUCAAGGGGUACAAGUGCAUCAUCACGCUGCCGGCUAAGAUGUCGCUUGAGAAGGAGGUACUCCUGAAGGCUCUCGGUGCUGAGGUUGUCCGCACGCCGACGGAGGCCGCGCACGAUGCGCCCGAGUCGCUCAUCGGCGUUGCCGAGACUCUCCGCGACAAGAUUCCCGGUGGCGUCAUCCUUGACCAGUACACGAACCCUCAGAACCCGCUCGCCCACUACUUCUCCACGUACGGCGAGAUUGCUUACGCGCUCGAGACGUCCGACCUCCCCCGCAAGGACAUUGCGCUCCUCGUUGCGGGCGCUGGCACUGGCGGCACCAUCUCCGGACUGGCCCGCGCGAUCCGCGACGCCGAGAAGGAGAAGAACGACGGCCACAAGGCGUACAUCCUUGCUGCGGACCCCGAGGGCUCGAUCCUCGGCGGCGGCGAUGUCGGCCAGUACCAGGUCGAGGGGAUCGGGUACGACUUCUUCCCCGACGUGCUGGACCGCGCGCCCGAGCUCAUCGACGAGUGGAUCAAGUCGAACGACACUGAGGCCUUUGCGGCCGCCAAGCGCCUGAUCAAGGAGGAGGGUCUCUGCAUCGGCGGGUCUUCUGGCACCGCAUUGGCGUCGGCGCUCAAGUGGCUCCGUUCGGAGGCUGGGAGCAAGAUGGCCCAGGACCCCGAUGCCAACGUCGUCGUCAUCCUCCCCGACGGUGUGCGCAACUACAUGUCCAAGCCGUGGUUCCUGGAGGGCCAGACGGGAGGAAGCGAGUUGCACGACACGAUCCGUGGCAUUAUCGGCCGCGACCUCAACGACGCGUACAACACAAAGUCCAAGGGCAGCUCUGGUCUCAACACCAACGGCACUGUCAACGGCACCCACUAA